AUGGUGGACACAGGUUACAAGAAGGCACGUAAAUUUGAAGGGGGAUUACAGAGCACUAUACUGGACAAGGUCAACAUGUUGAAGUUACCCACUUAUGUCGAUGUGUUGGAGAGGGCUGUUAUAGCAGAAGGAAACCUCGCUACUCUGAACCGAAUUUCUGAAUGGAAAGGGAAAAGGCAGAAUACUCAAUGGUCAAAGGGUACAACUACUCCGCCAAAUAAGAAGCAAAAUUCAGGGACCUCCAGCAUAACCACUUCUACUCAAGAUUCAGCCCUUGUGUGUUCAGAAUGUGGAAGAAGGCAUUGUGGGGUUUGUCACCGACUGUCUGGAGCAUGUUUCCGAUGUGGCAAAACGGGUCAUCUAAUAAGGGAUUAUCCUCAAGGAAAUCGAAAAAAUAACAACAAAGCUGUUACAAGUUCAGUAGGGUCUGCACCAAUGUCCAACACCAAGUCGAUUGCAAAACCUGCUAACAACAAAGACACUGCAAGGCAAGGCAGAAUAUUUGCAUUGGUUCCGGGGGAUGUGCAGAAUGCUGCGACAAUGGUGACAGGCUCUAUGAUUUGUGCUUCUGUAUAUUUUGCUUGUGAACUCCAACUUGAGGAUAACCGGGUAUAUGCCAAUCUGUUACCUCUUGACUUGACCUAUUUUGACAUUAUUCUUGGCAUGGACUGGUUGAGUGAAUAUGGUGCAACUAUAGACUCAAAGGCUUGUAAAUUAAUUCAGAAAGGGUGUCAGGGGUAUUUAUGCAGUAUUUUGGAGGGGCAAGUGGUGAAUGGGGAUAUUGACGUGAUUCCAGUGGUCCAUGAAUUUUCGGACGUUUUUCCAAAAGAAUUGCCAGGGCAGUUGAUAGACCGUGAAAUUAAGUUUAUAAUUGAAGUGGCGCCGGGAACUCAACAUAUUUCUAAGACCCGGUAUAGGAUGUCACCGGUUGAAAUGAAAGAAUUAAAGAUUCAGUUAUAG